AUGGACAAAAGUUGGAUUUCACAUAAGCGUACUACCCCUGAGUUUCGUCAAGGGGUUGAGGAGUUCAUUCGUAUUGUACUUACACGUAAAAAGGAAGGAGAAAAAAUAUGUUGUCCUUGUAAGAGUUGUGGUAACAUGCGUAAGGUGUCUACAGAAGAUGAAUUACGAGCUCAUAUUUUUUGGAAUGGUUUUUCCAAAAAUUAUACUGAUUGGAUAUGGCAUGGUGAAGGGGAAACGGGUACUGAGAAUCAUAGCUACGAAGACCAUGCAGAGGACUUAAAUACUCACCAUGGUAAUGAAAAUGAGGUGCUUGAUGAGGUGUUUGAUGAGAUGUUGCACGAUACGGAGGAUAAUCUCGCAGAGGGGCCACCUGAUUACGAAAGUUUGUUGACUGACGCCGAGACACCUUUGUAUCCAGGGUGCACUAAGUACACUCGAUUAAGAGGUGUACUAGAAUUAUUUGAACUGAAAGCGGAAGCCGGGUGGACUGAUUAUCAUUACUCAAAAUUGAUAGUAAAAUUGAAAGAUAUGUUUCCCAAAGGUAACACGCUUCCGAGUUCUACUUAUGCGACUAAGAAGAUGUUGUGUCCGAUGGGUUUGGAUGCUGAGAAAAUACAUGCUUGCCCUAAUGAUUGGGUAUUGUAUCGAAAGGAUUAUAAUGAUUUGCAUGAAUGUCCAACUUGUGGGACAUCGCGAUAUAAGGUGAAGAGCAACGGUGAAAACACCAAUGAACCUGCUAAGGUAAUGUGGUACCUACCUGUAGUGCCUAGGCUCAAACGCUUGUUCGCUAAUGCUAAAGAUGCAGAAAAUUUGACAUGA